UACAGUUAAGAGGAGGGAAAGUAUUGAUACACGAGUCAGUAUGGUCGCUUAUUGUUGAGGAAUAAAAGUGUAAGAACUGUUUUAUCUCUUCGUCUCCAAACAGGAUGUUGAACGUGGGGAGGCAAGGCCGGAAGUAUUCUUCAUAAACAUCCGUUUGGUUUAACCAUUUCCUCUUCCUUUUCAUCCUCAUUUAUUAUUCUUAAACAGUUCCAGACAAUUAUAAGAAACAUUAGUUCCCCAAAAAUUCACUCUGUAUGCACAUGGAGCCUCUUCCAUACCAUAGAUCAUCCGCCAUAUUGUAUUGACGGUGGCCUACUUUUGAAACCACAAUGUCGGUCAUGGUCGUUUCGAGCUGUUCACAAGAAACGUCUUUGAACGCUGCUUGCAACAGUUUUCUUUUUGAUUACUUUCGGUAUCUCUGUGAUAGAUCGAUUUAUGUCGAUUUACCAUCGUGACAAAAAGAGACACGCUUCUAACGUUUUGUCAACCAUGUGUUUGAUUCUAAGAUCUAGAAUCUAGAUUAGAUCUACACGCCAUAUUCGACUUUGUCGAGGUCCAGACCUCUCUAGACUCUACAAUACAAGUAAUGGUCAAAUGGGAAGAACCAGAAUUGCUGACUCUAGACUCUAGAGACCUAACCUAAUCUAGAUCUAGACUCUGAAAGUCUGAGGAGUCCACGCCAGGAUGAAACGAGCAGCAUCACCGGCCUUGAUGGAGGUGGUGGCAGAGGCUGUCGACCCGUCAGAGACCGAGGUUAUUACAGAAAUAGUCACAGAGAUUCCAAUGCAGGACAUCAAACGACAGAGGACGGAAGAGGAAGUUUGUUUGGAUGAUGGAAUCGUUUAUGAGGAGGAGAUUAUCCAACCCCAGCAGCCCCCGCCCCAGUACCAGAACCUCAUCAUCCAGCAUAUGGACAUUGCUGAGCCUUUGUCCACAUUGAAACGCCUGUUGGAGAUUCGGCUGCAGUGCUCUUUAGCUGAACACCAGUUCUAUCUGCAGGAUUCCAUUGAGUUGGACAGUGGGAAAAGCCUUGUUGACCAGUGUGUGCAAGGAGAGGGCAUGGUGCAGAUCAACCUUGAGGUCAAAUCACAGCCUGGGGUGAAGCCAAAGAUCAACAUUCUGGAUAUCCUGAAGACAGCAGAGGAUGAGGUGGAGGAGAAAUAUUCCGCGGAGCAGGCUCUGCAGUCCAACAGUGCCUCUCAAAGUCAGAAUGCCAAGGUUGUCAUUCCCUUGCCUGAAGAAUCGGAAAAUGUAACACGUUGGAUUGUUGACCAGAACUUUCGACGAGACCAAGAAAGAUUAAAAAUUCCGUUUGACCCAGCCCAGUGGAGUGAACUGCACGUCAAGCACUGGAUCCAGUGGGCAGUGAAGGAGUUUCGUCUGCUGAAUGUCAAUAUUGAAGCUUUCAACCUGAACGGGGAACAGCUCUGUGCCAUGACGCACCCAGAGUUUGUGCAGCACAUCCCCAAUGACCCCGGUGACAUCUUCUGGACACACUUGGAGCUGCUGCGCAAGUGCAAGUUUGUGGCUGUGAUGCAGCAGCCAACGCCCCACGCCAUUACUACCAUCACCGUGUCCACAUCAGACGCUGAAGGCAAAUACGGGAGAGUGCGGUCUGUGGGCAAGCACCGGCCUCGCUCGCCGCGGAUCACGGGAGAGGAGAGAAUGUCUCCUGGAAACAGGACAGGUAACAACGGACAGAUCCAGCUGUGGCAGUUCCUGCUGGAGUUGCUGACGGACAAGAUGUGCCGCGAAGUCAUCGCCUGGGUAGGGGAGGAGGGUGAGUUCAAGCUGGUCAACCCCGAGGUGGUGGCCCAGAUGUGGGGCCAGCGCAAGAACAAGCCCACCAUGAACUACGAGAAGCUGUCGCGGGCCUUAAGGUACUACUACGACGGCGACAUGAUUGCCAAGGUACGUAAUGUUCAUGGGAAGCGGUUUGUGUACAAGUUUGUCUGCGACUUGAAGAUGCUACUCGGGUACACUGCCGCUGAGCUGAGCCGCUUGGUGGGCACAAGCGAAGAGAUAUCAGUGGUGGACCGCCGUGCCCCACACGUCCACUCACGAACACGCCUGACCUACGUCAUGAAGUCUGACGCGCAGGCAGCAGCCACUGCAGCACGCCUCAUUGAGCAGCACACGGCGUCCUCGCGGAUCAUUGAGCAGCGGACACAGGUGGUGCAGACAGUGGAUUGACUAUACAAGCCUGUAUGAACUUGAGGGAGAAGGGGGGGGGGGGGUUUGCGUGUGUGUGUGUGUGUAUACACAGACAGACUAUUUGACACUCAGUUGUAAAGAUGGUGCAGUGAAGGGGGAGAGAGAGAAAUGCACAGAUUGAAUGACAAAUAUAUAAAUGGAGAGAGCAAGUGAAGAGAUUGAAAAGGGAUAGAGAGUGAGAGAGAUGCUUAGACAGACGAGAGACAUGAAUGUAGAGGGGGAGUGACUUGAGAGAGAGAAGCACAGACGCUGCGGAUUGAGAAAAAAAGAUAUGCACGGUGGAGAGCAGAUAUUUGACUUAACUGUGGACUAGCAAAAUGUAUUGGCAUUGGACUGCUAAAAGUUAGGUUAAUCGAGGAGGAGAAGUGUAUUGGGUGUACAGGGCAGCCAUGUAAAAUGUUCCUGUAAUGUACAUAUUGGUAUAGAAAGAUUUAUAAGUGGGCCAUUCUAGGUUCCUGGAAACAAGAAACUGUUGUAACACGUGUAGGGCUGGGAUAAUGACUUGCUGAAAAAAACAGUGAGAGUUCGGGGGUUGUUGUUUUUUUCUUUCUGUUUUUUUUUUUUUUUAAGGAAGAUUGCUUCUCACAAAAAAAAGGAAUGACUCCAUCACUCCUUGGGAUUCUUUUCAGCAUGUCAUCUUAUCUGCGUUGCAUGUGAAACUGGUUUCAUUUUUCAGAGAACUGCUAAAAUGGAGGUGAAAAGCGAAUUAUUAGAAACAUAAAUCCUGUCUGAUUGCAUUCAUGAUAAAUUGCUAUGCUGGUUUGAAUAUGGUUGAAUACUAAUCUGCCUUUGAUGUUAGCACGGGCAUCUCAGCUGCUGAUGUGCGUAAGGUGGGGUCUGUAUUCAAUUUCUCCUUGUCAUGGGCUGGCUGAUUUAGCAAAGCUGGUUGCGAUUGUUGUCAGAAUCAGAGUUGGGGGGGGGGGGGGGGGGUUGGAUGGACAACUCUUUUCCUCUUCCUUCCUGAAUUUGGUUUUCCUCUCGUUUUUUUUUUCCGUUUUUUUUUGUGGGAGGAACCAAGUGUAUACCUUUAAAAUAGCUUGCCUUGUGUCUAGUCGGGUGGUAAUGUCAACAGAAUCAAAGCUACCAAAUGAUAAUUAUAGAUCGUUCUGGCCCAGCAAUGCAGUUCAAAUUUUUUCAAGGUGUGCGAGUUCAUGAGGGUUUUUUUUUGGUUUUUUUACAAGAGAUAGAUGUCAGGAAAAUGUGUGAAAAACUUGACAUGUACAGCAAUGUUUGCAAGUUGGCAGACCAGAGUUUUGCCUCAAAGUAUACCCAUAUAUUGUACAUAUAAUAUUUUUUUUUUUUUUUUUUUUUGAUGGCAAAAAAAAAUGGUGAAUGAGUAAUGUGUGCGAAGACUUUUUUUUUGGGGUCCCCUACAAAUGAAAGAAUGAUGUACUUCGAAUUACCCACAAUGUAUCAUUCCUGCUUGGCCACAUCAAGGAUGUUUCUCUGCGAUGAUGGUUGCCGUUUCCAGUUUUUGCCAAGUUUCUUUCCCCAGUUGUAUUGUAAAGGGUGGUGCAUAAAUGAUUUUCUCUGUUUCCGAACUCAGAUUAUAAUGAUUUUGAUUAGACACGAAAAGGAGAAGAGAAGCAAUUUUAUGCCCCAGAUUUCUGUUUUAUUUCUAACGGUUUCAGUUAUUUUGAAAUAUGAUUUAAUUCAGUUUUUAAAAAAUGGGGAACAAUUAUUCACAUGAUCAAAUUAUUCAUUUUUAAUUUUUCAAAUUGCUUUGAAAUUGAAAUGAAUAAAGCAAGGAGCAAAAACUUCGCCCAUUCAUCUCUAUUAGACUGUCACAAGAAAGUCUUUGAACCUCUUCUUUUAAAUGCCCUUCCAAUUUCAGCUUCUCUGAUUCGUAUGCUAUAGUUGUAUAGAAAGUGACUUUUGUACCACCCUAUUUGACUUGAGCUGAUUACAGUAAAACAAUCAGGUCCAAAAAAUGUUUUGUUGCCUGAGCAAGAUGCAAACAGCGCAAUUCUAGUGGAAUGAACAAAGUAGAUGGGUCAGCCAACUGACCAGAUGGAAACAUUUCUUUUACCUUGAAGAAUUCCUUUUUUUCCCUUUUUUUUGUGCGUGUAUGAGAUGUAUAUAGAAAAGGUUAUAUGCGAAUCCUGAUUGUCUUAUUGCAUCUCUUAUUUUUAUGUUUUUGUUUUUUGUUUCCUUCCUAUACGGCCCUGCUCUGGCGGCCGAAGUGGCCCUUAUCCCGUGAUCUUUCACCAGAUUUAUAGAUUUCUGUACAUACAAAGGCUUGAUCACUCUUCCUCAAUAGGCUGGGUGAUAACGAAUAAUAUACAUCCAUAGCAUACCAGCGGGAGGGGCACCUUCCCCAUACUCUUGUAAUGUAUGUGGGUGCCUGUUCUAACGCUUGUGUGUGAUAUAUGUUGUGUAUGCUUUAUUUUGCUCUUCUUUUUUUCUGUCUUCCCCUUCCCUUCCUUUCUGUAUUACCACAGGGGGUAGUGCCUCAAAGGGGUGUACCAAUUUUUCUUGCGAAAGGCUUAACCAUGCACUCACACGUGUGAGAAGAACAACCGAUUGUCACAAUUAACUUAUAAAUAGGGAUAGACGUGAACAGAUUUACUCAUUUAUGAUGAUCACGAUGGGGGGGGGGGGCUUAGCCCAGA